AUGGACCUUUUUGCCUUUAUGAAGACGACAUUAGUGUUAGCUCCCGAGAAUAAAUUAUUAGAAGGGAAUUACGAGAAGUUGUUUUCGAGUAAAACAAUUGAAGAGUUUUUAGUUCAGUUCAAUCAAGUUGUUAGCAAGUAUUUGACUGACGAAACAAUACCUUUUGAAGAGAGAUAUUCUUUUGUGAAGAAGUUCACUACUUUAGAAACGCCACAGUCCGUUCGUUGUGUCUUCGACCAAGUCGAAGAGAACGAUAAAGCAAAGUUCCAGACGGCAAUGUUGUCAAUUAAAGAACUUCUGGAAUACCCUGAGAUGAACGAAGAGAACAAAGACGUCGAUAAAGAAACACGAAGGAAAUUUAAACAAUUUCUGAACUUAAGACAGAAAAUGAUUGAACAAGAGGACAUACCUAUAGAUAGACUAAUUGACCCCUUUUUUAUACCUGAGAAGAAAAGAAAGACGAAUCGUAAGAAGGUCGAAUGUUUGUUAAAUCAACUCAGAACAGCUACACAAAGUCAACUGCAACAAAUUGUUAAGGAAAUGAAUAACGGAGAGGAGAGCGACGAUCUCGAAAUAGAACUGAGCGAUUUGGAUAAUGGGACGUUGGAUAAAAUGUAUGAUAUUCUCAAUUGA